AUGGAUCCAUUUUCUAUUGCAGCAGGCUGCGUGGGGUUUUAUGAGGCCGUCGUCAGAACUGUUCCAGUUGUCAUUUCCUUUAUCAACUCAGUCAAUUGUGCAAGAGACGAAUUAAGCAAGAUAUAUGACCAACUCCAACAAUUAAACCUUGUUCUCUGUCGUAUUCAGCAAGACAUUGGGCCGAAGGAGGAUACGUCUGACCAGGACCGAGACCUCAUAUUUACGAUUAUCAACAGAUGCCUUGAGGCAGUAAAAUCUAUCAACACAAUCACUGAGGACCAUACCAAGUGGUUUGGGCCUGGUAAAUGGGCCCUUUACGGCAAAGAAAAAUGUCAGUUGAUCAGCAAGAGCCUGGAGGAGUCUAUCAGAGACCUAAACCUUGUAUUACAAGGGCGAAACAGUACGGUUCUGCAUACGAUCCUGAUGCAGAACAACCUUUCAGCCCUCCAGAGCGAUGAUAUGCAGCGGGAUGUAGGCACGAUCUUGGGAGACACGGAUUAUUUGAAGCGUCAGACGUCAGAGCAAACAGACACCAUUGCUGCUAUGAGCCAGACAAUUUCAGAAAUGCACACUCUGCUUCUUCAGAAUACUAUGCUUUCCUGGGACGAAUACACUUUUCAGGAUUCCUACGGCAAACAGCGGAAAAUGUCUAAUAAUAGCGAGUCCAUCUUUCGUCAUUUUCAUUACUCCGCCAGUGAAAGCGAAGAAAACUCCUCAAUGGAAAACUAUGAUUUCAAUGAAUAUCUUGGUACAGACCAGUCAUCGGUAGCCGAACAGUUUAAAUGGGAGGCAGAAAAUUGUUCGUUUGUUUCCAGUGGAGACUUCCCUCCGUACACUGAAGCACCCGGGAUAGCUUGCCAAGAUCCCCUAAUGGCAGUAGAGUCAUUGGGAAAGUCUGCUGAGAGCCCCAUUGCGGCCAAGUUCAAGACAGAUGUACAUGCAAAGGCAAGAGCGGCUAAUCCAAAGGGUACUCAACACCUUUGUUUAAGUCCGAACGCGAUUAGCAAAGAUGGCAAAGCUCGACGCCAAAACGUCAGUCUCCAGAACGGUAGCCCAGAACAAAGGAGCAUAAAGGGCCAAAUGGUUAUUCAUGAUUUUCAACGACAAGUUAGAGCAAGGAGAGUUGGCUGUUAA